UUGGAAAGACUUCAAAUUUGGGGAGAUGUGAGUGUGUUGAGUGGCUGGAGAAAUUAUUUUGCGUAGCUGCGAUCGAAUUGCUGAGUCAGGGGCUACCGAGUUACUGAGUUCUUCAUGGCUGAUUUUCAUACAUCGACUCAUAGAGCUAACUGGAUCUUCUCUCCUCAAGAACUGGUUGAGAAAUACAAGGCUGCAAAUCAAAGAGCAAUACAAACACUGGAGAAGUAUGGGACAACACAGAUGGAAGUAGACGCUGAUGGUUCACUAUCAUACCCUGAACCUAUUGCAAGAGAUAACGCCGACAAGCAUUCUCGUCCAAAACCUCUUAACAUUGAAGAAGAACAGUUCAUGCGAGUGUUUUAUGAGAACAAACUUCGAGAAGUUUGUAGUGCAUUCUACUUUCCUAAUAAAAUUCAGGCAACUGCUCUAAUUUAUUUCAAAAGGUUUUACCUGCAAUGGUCGGUCAUGGAACAUCAUCCAAAACAUAUAAUGUUAACCUGUGUGUAUGCGGCCUGUAAGAUAGAAGAAAAUCAUGUGUCAGCAGAGGAGCUUGGUAAGGGGAUUUCACAGGAUCAUCAAAUGAUUCUCAAUUACGAGAUGAUAGUGUAUCAGAGUCUGGAAUUUGAUCUCAUUGUUUAUGCACCCUAUCGUUCAGUUGAAGGUUUUGUCAAUGACAUGGAGGAAUUCUGUGGAGUAAAGGAUGACGAAAAUCAAAUGCUGAAGGAUUUGCAAGAAACUGCAAGGUUGGAAGUUGACAAAAUUAUGCUUACUGAUGCUCCACAUCUUUUUCCUCCUGGCCAGUUGGCACUGGCUGCUUUACGCAAUGCGAAUGAGAUGCAUAGAGUUCUCGACUUUGAGGGAUACCUAAGAAGAAUUCUUGCACGGCAGAAUUCCAAGCACACCAUUUUGCAGCUGAUAGAAUCUCUAGAUGCUAUAGAUGCUUGGGUUAGGAAAUUCAAGUUCCCCACAGAAAAGGAUAUGAAGCACAUAAACCGGAAACUGAAAUCUUGUUGGGGGCAUAGCUCACACGACGACAGUAAGAAGCGGGAGAAGAAACGGCACAAAUCCCAUAAGAGUUUGAAUGAAGCUCAUAACGGACCGACCCUUGCUUAACCUUACACAUUGGAAUUACCUUUGUUCAAUGAAGUCAUUAGUUUGGUUUAACUCCUCUCAAGAUCGGUCUAUAGUCCAUAUUAUCCCGUUACCAAUCUGGUAGGACAAUAACAUGGUCGAACUGAGAGCAAGGGCUAUCGAAACAAACCCGUUUUCGGUGACUAUUGUGGCAGAGUUGGUUCAUGUAGGAGACAUCAGCACAUUCUGUAUGGUGACCAGACCCUUCUGGAGAAGAGCUAAAUCCUGUGGGGUUGCUGACCAUAGGGCUCUGAUUCCAUAUGAUGGAACAUAGGUUUUUGGUUACUUAGAAAGUGAAUUAUGGCAGAGGACUUAUUAUCUGUAACUUUUUCUCUCGAAUUCUCGAUCAUAGAUGCUUUGUUCAUUUUUAUUACAUUGAAGAAAUGAAAAACUUAUUGAUUACCAA